GGAAUUCAACAUGGAGGACAUUGGAGUAACUGUUGAAAAAAUUCAGGACGAAGUGCCUGCCAUGCUGAACUCACGACCCCAUACGGGGCUUUCUUUCCUGGCCCCAGAACCAGAAGAUCUUGAAGACCUUUACAGCAGAUACAAGAAGCUGCAGCAGGAGCUGGAGUUUCUAGAGGUGCAGGAGGAGUACAUCAAAGAUGAACAGAAGAACCUGAAGAAGGAGUUCCUCCACGCCCAGGAGGAGGUGAAGAGGAUACAGAGUAUCCCCCUGGUCAUUGGCCAGUUCCUGGAAGCUGUGGACCAAAACACAGCCAUCGUGGGCUCCACCACAGGCUCAAACUACUAUGUGCGUAUCCUAAGCACCAUCGACAGAGAGCUGCUGAAACCCAAUGCGUCGGUGGCCCUGCACAAGCACAGCAAUGCCCUGGUGGACGUGCUCCCCCCAGAGGCUGACAGCAGCAUCAUGAUGCUCACAUCAGACCAAAAGCCAGAUGUGAUGUAUGCUGACAUCGGAGGGAUGGAUAUCCAGAAGCAGGAAGUGAGGGAAGCAGUGGAGCUUCCACUCACACACUUUGAACUCUACAAACAGAUUGGCAUUGACCCGCCCAGGGGGGUUCUGAUGUAUGGGCCUCCUGGCUGUGGGAAGACCAUGCUGGCCAAGGCUGUGGCUCACCACACUACAGCGGCCUUCAUCCGUGUGGUAGGCUCAGAGUUUGUGCAGAAGUACCUAGGUGAGGGCCCCCGCAUGGUGCGUGAUGUCUUCCGGCUGGCCAAGGAAAACGCCCCCGCCAUCAUCUUCAUUGAUGAGAUCGAUGCCAUUGCUACCAAGCGUUUUGACGCACAGACUGGAGCUGACAGGGAGGUGCAGAGGAUUCUGCUGGAGCUUCUCAACCAAAUGGACGGCUUUGACCAGACAGUCAACGUCAAGGUGAUCAUGGCCACCAACAGGGCUGACACCCUGGACCCCGCCCUCCUGCGUCCGGGCCGUCUGGACAGAAAGAUUGAGUUCCCCCUACCUGACCGCCGACAGAAACGCCUGGUCUUCUCCACCAUCACCAGCAAGAUGAACCUCUCUGAGGAGGUGGACCUGGAGGACUAUGUGGCCAGACCAGACAAGAUCUCCGGAGCAGACAUCAACUCUAUCUGCCAGGAGGCUGGCAUGCUGGCAGUCCGUGAAAAUAGGUACAUCGUCCUAGCCAAGGACUUUGAGAAGGCCUACAAGACUGUUAUCAAGAAGGAUGAGCAGGAGCAUGAGUUCUACAAAUAGAAAGUAACCUCUUCCGCCCUCUCUAAAAAAAGAAAAAGGCAUUCACACAAUUUUGUGGUUUGUGUGUUUGUCUACUACUGUGUCCAUUUGUGGUUUCACAGACUGACUAACAUUGACCUUGGACUGAAUUUUGCUUAAUUUACUAAAGGCCCAAUGUCAACUUGGCUGGGAUUCCAAACUUGAACACACACACACACAUACAUAGUGAAUGGACUGUCUUUGUGCUCUGCAGGUUCUUAAGUAUGUUUUACUUGACUGUAGCUAGUAUAAUGGCCUAGAGUUUGUACCUGUAAUGUACUCACUGAUUAAACAGUACUCUAAAAAAUAUUAAAGAAGUUUUCCAU